AUUAAGCCACUCCACUCGUGUGUGUUGCUUUGUUUGUGCGUGUGUUUGUGUCUUUGUGAGUAUCAAAGUGUCAACAAUCCAUUGUUGUUAAACAAAUAUUAUUAUUAUUCUUAUUAUAAAAGUGAUCCCUACGAACCUUCCUCCCUCUCUCUUUGUGUUGUGGACAAAUUCACUUUCCCUUUUUCACUUUUUUUGGAUUUCAUUCAUUUUAAACACCUAAUCCAUACCUCCAUUUUCAUUCAUUCAUUCAUUCUCUCUUCUGUCUCAGUCUGUGUGUUUUACACUCUCACCUUGCACUUGCACUUGCACCUGCUCAAACACCUUCAGUUGUUUGCUCUAAAUUUGUGAUCAAUGGAGCAUAGAUUGAAAAGAAAGUCUCCAGAGAAUGGAUUCAACAGUUUUUCACUGGAUGAUCUGAAUGAAGAUGUCUUUGAAAAGGUACUUUCGUGGUUACCGACUUCCAGUUUCUUUCGCCUUACUUCGGUGUGCAAGAGAUGGAAAUCAGCUGCUGAUUCUGCGAGUUUCAAGCUUGCUUGCUCACACAUCCCCACAAGGGAUCCUUGGUUUUUCAUGGUUGCUCCCGAUCUCAACCAAUCUGUAAUUUUUGACUUGGCUGAAAACAGUUGGAAAAGACUCAAUCAUCCGAAUCUUCUGCUCGAAGAUUCCAACAAAAGUUGCAUUCCUGUUGCAGCUUCUAAUGGCCUGGUUUGCUACCGAACAUCGUCGGGAAACUUCAUUGUGUCCAAUCCUGUGACCGGAUCUUCUACCGAACUCCCUCCAUUGAAUUUCACCUCAGAAAAUCAAUCUCUCAAUGCUGUUGUUAUGAGUACAACAUCUUUCAAUGGCCAAAUAUCCUACAAGAUUGUAUUAGUCUUCGGUGAACUUCCCAAUCUUUCAUUUAAAGUCUAUAACUCAAGCUCUGCCUGUUGGGAAGACGAGAAUGCUCUUGGGAGGAAGGUCGAUGAUAGUUCAGCGGAUUGUGAUUCAACCGAUGACAAUGUUGUGUACUUUCUGAGCAAGGCUGGAAAUGUGGUAGCAAGUAGCAUGCAGAGAAGUCCAACCAAGCAAUAUUCGUCGGUCAUUACUAACCAAGACGGUCAAGAGGUAGUCUAUUUUUUGAGUUCGUCUGGGACCGUUGUAGCUUGCAAUUUGACCUGCACGUGUUUCUUUGAGUACCCUAGGCUAUUGCCAGUUUUUUGCGAGUACUCUAUCGAUAUUGUGGAGUGUAAUGGUGAGAUGAUAGUUGUUUUGUUAUCGGAAUUCUUGGAAACUACAAGUCUUAGGGUGUGGAGAUUCGAUGAGACCAACCGAUGCUGGCAACAGAUUGCAGCAAUGCCAGCAGCAAUGUCUCAUGAAUGGUACGGAAAGAAGCCGGAUAUCAAUUGUGUUGGUGCCGGUUCUCGGAUUUUUAUAUGCUUGAACUCUCCUGAGCUAUGUACUUAUGUUCUGUGUGAUUUGGUAACCAACAACUGGGUUGAAUUGCCAAAAUGUCACAUUAAUGGAGAAGUCAUGGAGUUUAUGUCGGCAUUUUCUUUCGAGCCGAGGAUAGAAGCUUCUGUUUGAGAGUGAAAUGCCCUAGUUGGAUAUCUUGGUUUUAUUUAUCAACCAUUUUUUAUGUUCUGUUGUUAGCUUGCAUUUUAUUUUGAUUUGUGCUUAAUUUUUUUUUUCUUCAUGCAACAUAGCUAGAUAUGGAAGCUAACCAAAUGAUUUGAUUGUUGACAGAUUAUAUUGUAAUUUUCUUAAUUGAUUGUCAGAUGUAACAUUGUUCUCAUUUAGUGGUAUUAUCAAUGAAUGAUCUUGUUCAUGA